GAGCAGGAGGUCCAAUACGCAGUGGUCAGCCCCGCGGACGACAGCGGCAAGGAGGUAGUCGAGGCCAUCUGGAUGUGCCAGCCGUGCCACGACUUUAAAUGCCAGGAAGCGCCCGAUACCGACUUUCGGGAUUUCGUCGAGGAGACGACCACGGAGCCAGCAAAGCAGUCGGGGUUGCUGCGCGCCCUGGGCAAGGCCGACGGCACCGAGCAGGUGGACGAAGAUCCAGAGAUAGGCUUGCCAAUGGAGCUGGUGUCUGGCGAGGAGGUCGGGCAUCUCAUCGAGGAGUCGUUCCAGCUCCUCACGAAGACGGAGUUCGAGUCGAAGGUCUACUCGAAGGUAUCGGCCAGCGUGACGAAGAAGAGGGCCAAGAAGGACAUGGCCGUGAAGUUCAAGGAACACGUCGAGCUGGCCUUCAGGGGUUUCGUCAAGAAGGUGGUUGGCGCCACUGGCGUGGGGGUGCUGACUCGCUACUUGAGCACCUUCGACGAGAUCGCGGGCAAGCAGGCGCCCAACGAGGAGACCCCUGUCAAAGGCAGUGGCGCAGCGAGCUCAGGCCCAGCUGAAGCCGCGGGCAGCGACGGCAGGGCGACGCUCGCGACCAGGCCGCUCUUGGCCAUCACGGACGCGGCCACGCCCGAGGGCGAAGGCGAAGAUGGCAAGCCUGGGGGCGACCUUGGCGAAGACUUCGAUGACAUGGAGUCGAGCCCUUCUGUGGAGAUUGGCAUGCCGCAAGCACCGCUCCCACCCAAGAGGCCGCAGUCCUUCUCCACGGCCCCGCUGGGGACUGCGAAGCAUUGGAUCGAUAGGUCGCCAUUGGAAGACGUUCUUCUGGGGGCCGAGUGCAAGAGGGAGCUCAACCAGCUGCCCAUCAUCGAGAAGUCGAAGGAAUCCCCGCCCGUCCAGCGUGACAGCGCUACGCGGCACAUCAGUCUCACCAGGAACUGCUACCAGCUUCAGGGGCCGAAUUUCGCUGAGUUGAAGCGCGAGCGGAAGGCAGAGCUCUUGGAAUUAGUCAAGCCGUCCAUCCAGAGUUGGCCGACCUUCACCCAGUUCAACCUCAUCGUCUACGACGCUGCGCAGAUGUGGCAGAGCAUUCGGAAGGCGGAGGGCCAGCGCGGCGCCCUCCAGGAGGUCUGCAGGAUCCUCCAGGUGUGGCACCGCAUCGGGGACAACGUCACCCUGGACAUUUCGGCCCCGACGGUUCGGGCAUCCACCAUGGCCGACCAUGAGAAGGCGGGCUGCUUCUUGAAGGACAUCUUCGUGAACACGCUCAUUCAGUGGUUCCAGGACGGAUCCGACGCAGAGGAAGCCAUCUACUACGUGGCUCGGAAUGCGCCGAAGUAUUUAGGCCUGCAAGAGGACGCCGAGACGUGCGAGAUCGGCCCUGCUUGCGCGCAGGCCCUCAGCGACUGCGAGCGCAUCCUGGCCGUGAUCGACUUGAUGAGUCUCAGUGAGAUCCCAGAGACGACGGGGCAGCACACCUUCGACGACAUUGACCUGUUCGUCAGGGCCCAGAAGACGGCCGGCGCUCAGGACAUCUGGAGCGUGGUGGCGAGGGCUACCAACCCGAGCCUUUACUGGCAGCAGAAGGUGAACACCUUGAAAGAGAAUGCGAAGAUCUGCAAACAUUUCUUCCCAGACCUGGCCAGGUGCGCCGCGACGGUGGAGGCGAUCCAGGAAGCGCCAUCGCAGGAUGCCUGCGACCUUUUGGCAGAGGCUGCAACGAAGCUCGAGUACUUCGAGAAGGAGAUCGGCCAAGCGCACAUCGCCAGGUUGGCCGAUCUCAUCAUGCAGAAGUUCACUGCCCACGCUGGGUCCAUGCCGACGAGCGGCUCUACCCCCGAGGAGGUCUCGCUUGAGACGGCGCUCGUCGAGAAGUACAUUGAGCUCGCGCAGGUGCCCGCCAGGGUCGCCCCCCUUGAAGAUCGCGUGCAGCGCGCGAGGGACCUCGUCGCGCAGGCGAAGGCCGCCUUGACGGCAAAGGCAUCGCAGAAGAAGGCAAGCACCUCCAUCGAGCUGUUCAAGAGCGGGUCCUGCAGCGCUGACGACCUCCGCAACGCCAUGCCAAAAUUGCCCAAGUCUGCGGGGGGGCAUGGCGAUGACGAGGGCGCCAUCACGCACGACGCGAAGAGCAUCAUCGAGACGAUCAUUCGUAAGCCGUUGGAUUCCAUACUCGCAGAUGCGAAGAACUUGGCGGCCUUGGCGAAGGAGGCGAAGCAGCGCGUGCACGCCACGAGCGCGCAGUGGGCAUCCAGCGCAUCAACGGUCCCCGAGCGGGUCUCUGACUUGCUCGACGCGGUCACGAGGAUGGGGAACACCGAGGGCAUUCUUGACGCAGUCAUAAGCCAGUCAGAUUUCCCCAAGAGGAUGACUAUCUUUGGCCGCGCGCUGAAGGAGUUCACGAAGAUCCCUGUGCCGUCGGAGGACUCUGAUGGCCCCUUCGAGCUGCACCAGGCGGCCACGGAGUGGUACACCAAGCACGUUGAGAUCCGCGACAAGUUGACGGCGAAGCAUUUGGAGAUGCUGACGGAGACUGCGGGCAACAUCAAGAAGUCGAUCAAGGCGUUCACCGAGGCAGGGGAGGUGGUGCAGUUCAAGAGCGAGGUCGAUGGCGCCACGGAGUUCAAGGCCGUCAAGACGGCGUUCACGACGACGAUCGCGUCCGUCGAAUUCGCCGACUGGGAGAGUGCGAUCCAGGGCCUC